UUUAAACCCCUCCCCAAAUUCAUUUUCCCUAUAUUGCCGCAAAGCUUAAGCAUGCGUCGAUGGCUGGCGUCUUCGCACAAAUCACUCGCCGAUAAACUAUUGAAAACUUAUGCUAAAUCCUCCGAUGGAGUCUUAUGUGGGAAAAUUCCCAAUUUACAGCGGGCAUUGCUUCAUUCUCCAUGUCGAUGGAAUCAUUCACCAGCUGCUUAUCAGUUCGGUUAUAGGGAAUGUCUGGCCGGUUUUGCACAUAAUGAGAUGCUGUUGUCAAGGCGUUUUAUCCACGCCACAGGAGCUUGUCGGUCUGAGGCACGUGAUUACUAUGAGAUUCUUGGCAUGUCUGGAGAUGCCACGGUCGAUGAGAUUAAAAAGGCUUUUCGUGCUCUGGCGAAGAAGUAUCACCCUGAUGCCAAUAAGAAUAAUCCUUCUGCACAGAGAAAAUUUCAAGAGAUAAGAGAGGCAUAUGAGACUUUGAAAGAUCCUGAUAAGAAAACACAUUAUGACAGGUUGAGACGGAGUUCAAAAACAAAUGGGACAAGGAGUUCAGAUAAUUUUAACACCGGCUCGAGUCGCUUUAGACAUGCUCAUGGAGCUCAGUUCUCUGAUUCAUUUCACAAAAUUUUUUCUGAGAUUUUUGAAAAUGAAACUGAAAAUGUGGGUGGCGAUAUUCAGGUGGAACUUAUGCUUACAUUUUCUGAAGCUGCUCACGGAUGCACUAAGCAUUUGUCAUUUGAUGCAGAUGUGCCAUGUGAUUCUUGCGGUGGCCGAGGCCAUCCCUUGGAUGCUCAGACAAUUCUGUGUCCAACUUGCAGAGGCAUUGGAAGAGUGACAAUACCACCUUUUACCACAACUUGCAGUACUUGUAAAGGUGCUGGACGAAUAAUCAAGGAAUACUGCACAGCUUGCGGAGGAUCAGGUGCGUGUAAAGGAGUCAGGGAUGCCCGAGUAACUAUACCGGCAGGUGUGGAUUCUGGUGAUACAGUUCGUGUAGCAAGAGCUGGUAAUUCUGGUGCAUGGGGAAGCACUUCUGGCGACCUAAUUAUUAAAAUAAAGGUUGCAGAAGAUCCCAUAUUUUCCAGAAAUGGUGCUGAUCUUUAUGUUGACAAAUAUAUUAGCCUUACACAAGUCAGUUUGUUCUUAUCAGAUUCUCUUUUGUUUUUGCUUCGUCUUAAUAUAGGAAGGGUUCCGUUUUGCUUUUGUUUUUCUACCGCAGUCGAGUUGAAAUUUUCUUUUAAUGCCAUGCAGGCCAUUCUUGGUGGCAGUGUUGAUGUGCCUACCCUUUCUGGAAAAAAGCAAUUGACAAUUCCUCGGGGGGUUCAACAUGGGCAAUUGGUUAAGUUAAGAGGCCAAGGAUUGCCAAAGAGUGGUUUCAUGGUGACCCAUGGAGAUCAGUACAUACGCUUCUGCAUAAAACUUCCUCCCACCGUAACUGAGAGACAACGUGUAAUACUAGAAGAAUUUGAGAAGGAAUCUGAUGAAGAUAGCAGAUCAGCUUCCAGCAGUUGCAGGCUUUAUCAGCGGCUAUCUACUGGUUGAACUGUACAGGUGGCAGUAUUGGGUGAGACGUUCCGCUUGGCCUGAGUUUGUACUGGAGUUCUCCGUAUUGACGAUGAUAUUGCUAGUACUCGUCAAAGUCUUGAACUAGGGCCACUACACGCUCUGGACGCACAAGUGUACGUAUAGAGAUUGAGUGGCAAACCAGUGCAUAAUCUACACAAUCAUCUCUGUCUACAAAAAUUUUGUUUGACGAAUAGAAGAAAUGGUGAAAUUCUUCUUAGCUCUUGAACAGUUUGCUUCACUUGGUAGGUAAGAAUCAAGAGUAACCAACAACAUCAUUUUACCUUGUACAAUGAUAUUGGAUUCUUUCAUUCUUUCUUCAUACAAAUAUUGUACAACUCUCACAUUGAAAGAAUGAUAUACACAUGAAACUUCUUCUGGUUC